GAUCAUAACGGCUCUGUUGUUGACAAACGUCCAGAUCACGGGGCGCAGAAUCUAAAAAAUUAACUCAAAAAAUUCAUAUAAUUACCCUUGGUCCCUCCUUUUUGUAACUAUUCCAAACAAUUCGUAACAAUUGUUGAGAAGAAACCGUCAAAUACGUAAUGGUUACACUCGUCAACUGUCUUUGAGGUUAAUGCUAACGGUAAACCCAGAAAAAAUGAGCUUCUUUUGGAAUAGACAGACCAUAACGAGCACUCCAUCGGGAAAUUCUCCAGACAAAACCACUAGAGAAGCCAGCAAAACCGGACCAAAGAUAUUUUCCUUUGGAGAGACACAAACCAAAUCGCCUCGGUCUCAAUCUGAAAGAUCUGUUCGAAAAGCAGCUAGACCUUCGCUGGGUACCAUUAGAUCUUCGUCUAAUGGGUCUACCCCAGGAAAUUCCCCAGGUGCAAAGACCACAUCGCCCUCAGCUUCAACAGGUUACGAUUUCUUCGCUCAGUCAAAACCUUCGUUCUUCUUCGGCCCAACUUCAACAACAACUACAGCCGCUACAGGCUCCACUGCAGGGGAAAAUGCACCUCCAUCUUCUGGAAUUAUUUUUGGACAACCCGCCUCAACAUCUACAACUACUUCAGCAUCCACAGGAUUUUGUGGGAGUCCAUCCACUGGAUUAAAUCUGAAAGACCCCGUAACUACUUCAGCGUCAGUAGGUGUGAUUUUCGGCAUUCCAACAAGUAAAUUCGCUGGAUUCAAUUUCAAGAUCUCUCCAGCCACUUCAGCAACCGCAGGACUUUUUGGAACUUUAACAAGCCAAUCUACUGGAUUUAGUCUGAAUAACCCUGCAGCUACUUCAGUGUCCACAGAAGAGAUUUUUGGAACUCCAGCAAACCCAUCCACGGGAUUUAAUCUGAAUGGCCCUUUGGCUACUCCAGUGUCUACUGGAUCUUGUGAAAAUUCCGCGAACCCAUCCACUGAAUUAAAUUGGAAAAUCCGUAUCCCUACUCCAGUGUCUACAUGUGCCGUUUUUGAAACUUCAACAAGUCAAUCCACUGGAUUUAGUCUGAAUGACCCUUUAGCGACUCCAUUGUCCACAGGAUUUUUUGGAACUCCAGAAAGCCAACCUACUAGCUUCAAUCUGAAGAACCCUCAAACGACUUCUGCAGCCACUGAAUCGACUCUGGAAUCUCCAGCAUCAAGUGCAGCACCUGAAUUUGUAGCUGAAGUGUUGAAGUUGAUCCUCGAAAGGAAAAUGGGUAUUUCUACUCUUCCUCUUCCGGUGAAAAGCGUUGGUACACUUCAAGUGUCUCUGGGCACAUUUACACUCAACGUAACUUCAACAGCCUCAGUAUUUGCCGGGAAUAAAACCUCAUCUUCUGAAAUCGGGUUGGGUCAAACGAUUUUCCCACCAGCCGUACCGUUCACUGGACCUUUUGGAACUCUAACAACAAAUUCCUCCACUGGGUUCAAUUUCAUGGGCAUCACAGGCUCUGCUGCAUCCACAGGUACUUCAGAGAUCACAGGAGCAUCACCUGGAACUUCAGCGACAAGUGCAGCCCCGUGGAACCCGACAUUGAUAUCGUUUUCUUUCACUCCUAUACCUCAUACUACAUCCUCGACAAGAUUUACUUUCUUCGAGGCUUCUAUGACCAACAGCGCUGAAUCAGGCUUUGGAAGCCCGUCCAGCAGAUUACCCGAAGGUCUGUCUUUGAGGAACACCACUGCUCCUACUAGUAAUGUUGCGGUGACAAACACCAGUGCAACUCAGGCAUCUUUGGGAAGUAUUACAACGGCGACUAAUUCAUCCCUGGACGAUAAGCUCAACGAUAUUCACAUCAGUAAUUCCGAAAGUGAUUCUGAUCAGAAGAGCAAGGUCUUGAAGGACCCAAAAUCUCGGAAGUUCACCACCACCUUCGAGUGUUUCUUCCCACUCGUCGACAACGACUACUGGAUCAAUGCGACCCGUGAACCGAAAUUUCAAGAAAAUGUAUCCCUCUCCAUGUACCGUUACUACAUGACACAGCACCUCUACGCCCGCUUGGUGCAGAUCCGAGCUGCCAAGGGUUUGGCCACUAACGAUGAGAUUAACUUCGCAAGCCAUGUCCAGUCAGUUGCCCCCUCAGUCCCCCUCGGUAUCUUCACCUACUUGAAGACAAUUGGUGACAUAGAAGUCAUGGAGAAGGGAGAUCACACCUCCAUGUUCACUCGACACUUCUUCGAGUACUGCUUUCUCACUUGGCCGAAUAACAAAGGUCACUUUGGGCAGUUGUGUCACGACAAUCAUUGGAAGUACAUGUCCUUCCCAGCCCCAGCAAUCGUUACCCAAGCCAUCGAAAAAGAUCUGGAGAUGGAUGAGUUGAACCCUCAAUCGAUCUGGGACCUGAGGGAUGAUCUUAAGCCAUCAUUGUCUCGCAACAUCAGACCAACUGCUAAUUUACUGGGGUGGAAACCGGCAACAGUUUUGACAAUCCCUCAACGUCAGAAGCUUCAGCUUUGUGGAAUCUUCCAGAAUAGUUUCGACGUUAUUAACUCACAGUUUCAAUUCAACCCGAAAAUCAUGACUAUUACUCAUGAUUACGUCAAGAGUUCCAUGUCUCCUCAUGCUAUCGUCAAUGUGGAGGCAUAUUAUGAGAAUAAACCACUGAAUUUGGGGGGGAUUGAGCAACUUGCCUGGCUGAAGAGACCGGAUGAAGAAAAGAGUAUUCCCUACAGCAAGACUUUUGCAUCUGUCGAGAGGAAUGUCGAGGGGAUGCUGCAUCCUCUCCAGAGCUCGUAUUCUAGCGAGUUGUCACUCAUCAUGGGGUUCAGGGUUGAUAAGAGCAAGGGGGGUGAUGAUUGGGUUGUUUAUGAGUCAGGAAAUUAUUUGAAGAUUCCCUGGGAGUGGAUAGCGACGAGGAAUCAGGUGUUCCAGUUCGGUGAUAUUGGAAGGGUUCAGGGAAGAGCAAUUCCUUUUUCUUCUAGGAGAGAUGCAGUUAGACAUGAGUUUCUGGUGAAGUGUUACCGAGGCGUGCGUAUGCACGAAUAAGAUAUUAAUGUUGCGAGAGAAAAAAAAGUUGGGAUGAUUUUACAUGAUGUUACUAUGGUUUUAUCAUCUUUCGUAUUUUUAUAACAAUAAAUGACUAAUAUUUUGGUGUUUCAUUUGA